AUGAACUUCGAGCAAACCUUUAACUGUUACGCUGAUCCCAGACCUGAGCACAGAUCCGGAAUUUCCUACGUCCGCAGGGAGUUCAGACACCACGAGGAGCCCCUGAACGAUUCUGUUCGCAUCGAGACUGCUCGCCGCCUCAACGGGAUUCAGGCUGCUGCAGAGACCGCCAGCAGGCACUCGCGCGUCAAGCACCCGCAGGAUCUGAACCAUGCCUUCGCUUUGAGCGACUCGCUAACCACCACUAGCAGAUUCCUUUCGUCGUCGGACCACGACGAUCGCGCAGUGAGAAGCAUCCGCUCUUGCAUGGAGUCUUCGCGCGACGUUUCUAGGCCGGUUUAUGACAACUUUGAGAGCAUAGACUACCUCAGCUACUCAGCCGGCAAGGCGCCCAUCUUCUCUGGCUCCGCAGGCUUUCUGGAGGACUCUGCACUUGCGCGCUCGUCUAUGUCCCGCGAUAGCACCAUGGGGCUGAGUUCAGGGUCACCUGCUGUCAGCCAUGGUCGGCCGCUUCCGCGUGGCGUUGGUGAUGGUGUGGCGCAUGCGACGCUCUUUGGCGCCUACGCCUCAGCGGUUGCUGCCGCAAACAACACAGUUGGUCUGUGCACCACCAAGGAUGGCAGUGACAUUCUUAGCCGGCCAGGGUAUGCAAAGGGUCGGGUCCUGGAUGACCUUAUCUAUGUUUAA